AUGGCACAAGGGGGUAGUAAGCCUCCUGCAUUUGCUAAGGGUGGUAGGAGCCACUCAGGGAUGUGUCGAGAUGGCUCCACUGGCUGCCUCAAGUGUGGACAUAACGGUCAUUUUAUGCGAGAGUGUCCUAAGAACAAGCAGGGUAAUGGUAAUGAGGGCAAUAUAACCCAGUCUUAUUUAGUUGCUCCACUAGACAGAGCUACAUCUAGAGGAGCUACUUCAGAGGCAGGCGGAGGAGGAAACCGCCUUUAUGCUAUCACUAGUCACCAAGAACAAGAGGAUUCUCCAGAUGUUGUCAUUGGUAUGAUCCAAGUCUUUAACUCUGAUGUCUUUACCUUGCUAGAUCUAGGAGCAAGUUUAUCCUUUGUAACUCCUUAUGUUGCGAUGAAUUACGAUGUUCUUCCUGAGCCCUUCGGUGUUUCUACACCUGUAUGGACUGGCUUCAUGCUUUUUAUGUGUCAGUAG